GCAGCAGCGUAGGAGCCACUCAUCCGAGGAUCAUUUCCGACAGCUCCGUAUGGAUUUAACGCUUGCAUGCGUUGCUGCUUAAUGUUUCACAAGGAGAUGAUUGAUAACUUUUAGGAUGGGGGAACCUUGUAAACGUAAUAACUUCAUAAAGUGUGGCGUCACUUUAAAGGCCCCAGUUCUCUGAUUUGGAUUAUUCCCAUGCAGCAGCCUCUUCAGCUCUACUAACCACAGGCGUGUUUCUCCAUGGACACUCUGUUGAAGUCAGAGCUCAGAUUAAUCCAAAUUCAGCGAAAUUGAAGACAGUGCUUCACUGCAGCUGAACAAUGGCCUAACUGAAAAAGCUGUCUUGGAGUUUGUGAAGACAGGAAGGGAGUGCUGAGUCUGUGAAGGUGGAGGGUCUGUCCACGUCAGCUCUGAUUAAAAGCUUGUCUCCCAGAGUCAUGCUCUCCAACCAUCUCUUGCCAAAAGGAACCAAGAUGAGGGUCAACCUGGAAGAUCAGGGUCGUCAGAAAGUGUCCUUCAGCUUUUCGCAGACAAAAAAGCCACUGCAAACUUCACUCUUCAUAUCUUCAAAUCCUGAAACGGGCAUCUCUGAGCCUCACAAUGCCUCUUCACAGUCGAUCCUGGACAAGGUCGGAAAGAAUACAGCAAACAAAACGGAGCAAAAGCAGGCGGCUUCGGUCCCGUCGUCUACACCAGAGACACAUUCUCCAACACCUGUCUCUUCUUCAACUAGACUAAAAAAGAAUGUGGCAAAGAUGCCUUUCAAGAGGCAAAUUCUCAGUGAUUCUGUUACUGAAGAGAAACUGAAGCCUGUUACAUCUGAGGAGAUGCUCGCCUCUGAAUCAGAGGUUUUACCAGACUCCAAGAGUGAAACUGACUUUCCCACUCCCCCUUGUGAGACCAUCAUUAAUGAGAGCCCCUCUAAAGAGGCAGCCACUGAAGCCUCUGAGACAAAAGAAGAUCCCAACAUCAAUAAACCCCUUUCUUCCUCCGGAAAAGAAGAUGAUAGUUCUAGCCCUGCUAAUCGGGAUCACAACUCUUACAAAAGGAAAACCAGGUCACAGUCAGACAGUGCUCCUCCCUGCUCUGAAUCUGAUGGAGACUUAACCCACACGUCUUCCAGUCGCAAAUCAGAUGAUUCGAAAAGCAAAGCAAACUCUGACAGUAGGAACAAAGAGGCCAAAAGAUCUUCCUCUGGUUCACGUAGUGGGGAAAAGGAGAAAGCUUCCUCCAAGCGCACAGAGAAUCAUGAAAGGUCUUCAAGUUACUCCAAAUCUGACCGCGAUUCAAGAAUAACUUCUCGCUCAUCUAGAUCUGACAAGGAUCGCAGGAGGUCCAGGUCGAGAUCACGCUCUAGAUCGAGAGGUUCUCGAACAAGUUCGUCUCACUCCAAAUCUGAGAGAUCCAGGUGUGACAGAGUGUCUCGGUCUGACAGAUCAUACUAUCAUGAAUCUGAGCGACGAUCCCACAGGGGUUCUCCUCGCAGGGAGAAAAGACGCUCUCGCUCCCGGACCGAAAGAACCCGUUACAGUUCUGACUCUGAGGACGACCACAGGAAAACAAGGACGAGGACUAGUGGUUCCAGCAGGUCGUCCAACUACUCCAGCUCACAUAAAGCAUCACAAUCAUCUUCCUACUCAAGAUCCGAGAAAUGUUCAAAAUCUCUGGAGUCACCGCACUCCUCAGAGGUUGAUAGAAGAAUGCAAUCGUCAAAGUCAGAAAAGACUUCAAAGCGUUCCUCAGACUCUGAUUCUCAACAUAGGUGCUCUCCUGAUUUGGACUCCAGUUCCCGCAAAUCUAGCAGUCAUUACAAAUCUGACACUGGUGCCAAAUCCUCUUCUUCCAGUACACACAACAAGUCACAGUCGCACGACAAGCACAGGAAAAACAGCUCUGGUGAUUCUGAGGGAGAACAUAAGGCAAAAUGUCAGCCUUCCGAAAGGAAUACAAGCUCCUUGGAAAAAAGUAGAGACUCUCACGAGAAAACUAGUAGAUCAGAAUCAAAACGAGUAACCCCCUCUAGAUCCUAUAUGAAAUCCCCUAGACGUCACAGAAAGUCAGAUGACUCGUUUCACAGUCCUACCAAAGCACCAUUGUGUGCAACCACAGUAGAAUCUAAUCCUCUGACAGAAAAGGAAAAAUCCAAAUCGGAGCCAAGUGAGGGUUUACAGGGCGAUCAGGGUGUUAAAGAGAUGUUCUUAUCCACUGAAAAAAGUUUGCAAGAGUCUUUAGGCGAGAAUGAGCAAGAAGAGAUACCAGUACUUGAAUCUGAAACAGAAAAUGCCUCAGCCACUCCCUUGAUUGAGAACUUAAAGCCUAUAACCAUCACUCUGGAAAAUGUGUGCAAUGUGAAGGAUGGCGAGCAUGAUUUGAGUUUAAAUCCAGUUUUAAAUUCAGUUAAAAGUGAAGGUAGUGUAAGCUGUGAACAAAAUAACAAAGUCCAGAAUGCCUCUCUUGAUGCUAAAGAAAUGAAUGUCACACUUGAGAUCCAGCAAGACACUAAUACAGAGUUUGUUGAACCCAAUGAAGUUUUGGCAGAUGAAAAGCAAUCUGACCCUCACAAAUUGGAUUUCUCCCAUCUAGGAACCGAAAAUCUGCCGGUGGAAGGACUGGAAAGUAAGGAUGUCGCUAAAAAGAGUACAUGCACUACCAGAAAGUCUCGUUGGGACAUUGUUGGGCAGGACUUGUUUGAAAAUGACAAUUUAAACCAGGCCGCUUGUUCAGAAAAUAAUCAUAGUCCCAAAAAAGUGACAAAAAUUGAGAUUGCUGAAGAUUGUACCCAACAAGACAUGGACAGUAAAUUCAAUAUUCAAUCCAGAGAGUCUAAACAUUCCAUCCCGGGGCCGGACGUCUCUUUAGUAUGUGAGCCUUCACAAGCAAGAACCAGCAUUGACGUCUUUGGCCUAAAUCCUUGUAUGCCUCAAUCACCAAACCUAAAUAAGCCCUCAAUUCUUAAUGAUCAGGUAUCCCAGAUCCACUCAGCUGCAUUAAAUCACAUCCAGAGUAGUGAUGCCUGCGAGAGUAAAUCCCAGGAGAGUACUCCCAGAAGCAAAUCAAGUAUGAUAACACCCAUCAGUCAGGGAGCGUUAGCAAUGCCAAGUGAUGCCAGUGACAGCGAUAACUCAGAGUAUGACUCAGACUGUGACAAAGCUAUGAAACAGUUUCACUCUGUGGUAGUAGUACCCAAGCAUUCAUCCCUUAUUAAAGACAUUGGAAAUGCACAGACCUCUUCGUGUUGUCCUUUAGAUGUUUCAGAUCAGCCCCACAUCCAGAUGGGAACAGCCAACCAAGUUAGCGCACAGCAAACACAGCCCACCACUACUAAUUUAGUUGAGUCACCUCAUAUGGGUGUGCCUUGUCAGUCCCAGAGCAACAUGAUUGAUAGCACCAGUCACUCAGAAGGUUCCAGUGCCAUCAACAGUCAGCAAUCAGCAGCUGGUCCUAACGGUGCCCAAGGAGGUAUGACAGAUCCCACCCUUUUGUUCGGUGAUUCUAGACAACAAGACCAAGGUCUGAACCAGGGAGAGCAGGUGCACCUGCAGUACCAACCGAAUACAUUUUCUGAUAGUGUCAACAACAUGAUGAGUUUCAGUGCAGGGUGGGAUUUUUCUCAACCAGAGCAGCCUACCAGCACAUGCCAGCAGCCUGAUAGCAGCCAUGGGCCCCUGUUAAACACUAAAGCAACAGCAGCCGCUUCUAAGGAGCAAGAUGGGAGACUUACUGUUCCAUCCGGUACACAUCAGUCACCAAACACACAAACUAUCAAAAUACCCUACCUCCAAACACAUGAACAUUAUCAGGAACCUUCGAGUGAAAUACACCCAGACUCCCUCACUAAUGACCAUGAGGACUAUAGGGCUGAAAACUCAUUGAGUCGCAGUAAAGCACUAAACACUCCAGGGCCAGCUAGCUCAGUGCAAGGUCACGAAAUUAGCAGCAACAGCAGGGGUUCUGCUGUACCUGACCCACCUAGAGAGGACAACACCAGACCCCACAGAGGCAGAGUACCGCCCAAGAAAAGGCGUCCGGAAAUCGAGUCGGACUCGGACAACGAGGCUGAAGCUGGACCAUCGAGGAAAAAGGAGCGCCAAAGAGACGCCCCCGUCUCUAAGGAAGCUCCUGCAAAGACAGAGGUGGAUAGACCAUCGCUCACUCUACGCAACUUUCAGGAUGCCAGCAGAUGGAAAGACUUGGCCAAAACGAAAAAGAUGCCACCUUACUUUGACUUGAUUGAGGAGAACAUGUACUUAACUGAGAGAAAGAAAAGCAAGUCUCAUCGAGAUAUAAAGAGGAUGCAGUGCGAGUGCCCGGUACUGUCACGAGAGGACCGUGCAAAAGGAGUGAUGGCCUGCGGGGAGGACUGUUUAAACCGCCUCCUGAUGAUUGAAUGCUCCUCACGGUGUUUGAAUGGAGGCUAUUGCUCGAACCGUCGCUUUCAGAUGAAGCAGCAUGCAGACUUUGAGGUCAUUCUCACAGAAGACAAAGGUUGGGGACUGCGUGCUGCUAGAGACUUGGCUCCAAACACAUUUGUUCUGGAAUACUGUGGCGAAGUGUUGGACCACAAAGAGUUCAAAGCAAGGGUUAAAGAAUAUGCUCGCAACAAGAACAUCCACUAUUAUUUCAUGGCACUAAAGAAUAAUGAGAUUAUUGAUGCAACAUUGAAGGGUAAUUGCUCACGUUUCAUGAACCACAGCUGUGAGCCGAACUGUGAGACGCAAAAGUGGACUGUUAAUGGCCAACUUCGAGUCGGGUUCUUCACCACCAAGGCUGUCACUGCAGGAACUGAACUAACCUUUGACUACCAGUUUCAGAGAUACGGAAAAGAAGCUCAGAAAUGCUUCUGUGGGGCACCCAGCUGCAGAGGCUUCCUUGGUGGGGAGAACAGAGUUAGUGUUCGAGCCGCUGGGGGCAAGAUGAAGAAAGACCGCAGCAGAAAGAACGCCCUGACCACGGUGGAUGAGGAGCUGGAGGCGUUAUUGGAGAACGGAGAAGGGCUGUAUGAUGAGAAACAGGUGGUGUCUCUGUGCAGACUGAUGGUCCGAGUGGAAACCAUGGAGCAGAAACUCCUCUGUCUCAAGCUCAUACAAGACACCCAGAAUCCAUCUUGUCUGAAGCAGUUCUUGGAUCAUCAUGGAUUGUCCUUGUUGUGGAUCUUUAUGGUGGAGCUCUCUGAGUCUAAAGGCAACAGUGCUAAUAACACCAAACUGCAGCUAGAGAUCAUGAAGACCCUGGCUGUGCUCCCCAUCUCCACCAAGAACAUGCUUGAAGAGAGUAAAGUCCUGACCCUCAUCCAGCGGUGGGCUCAGACCAAAACCCUGCCUCAGCAGACUGAGAUGGACGGCUACUCCAGUGAGAACACCUCCCGGGCCCAAACCCCUCUGAACACCCCUGAUGGUUCCUCUGCCAAAAUGGUUCCCGAAUUGGACGGUGACACUUCUAAACCCGCUGUUUACAGACGCCUUAAGAUCAUCAGUGAAAACAGUCUGGACAGCGCUCUCUCAGAUGCUAGCAAAGCAUCCGACGGGAAGGAGGAGGAAGAGGAAGAGGAGGAAGCCGAGACCCUGAACACAGAUCCUCCAGAUGGAGCAGGUUUGAAGGAAGAACAGUCGAGUGAAGCUCCAGCUCCAAUAAAAGAGUCUGUGGAGGAGUCUGGGAAAGAUGCGCCAAACCAGGAAGAGUCGGAAACAAGUUCAAGCAGUCUACAGGAACCUAAAGACGUGGAGAUGAAAGAUGAAACUGAGACUGAGACUGAGCUGAAAAUCAAAGAGACAAAGUGUCCAUCUGAUGAAACUGAGACUGAGCUGAAAAUCAAGGAGACAAAGUGUCCAUCUGAUGAAGCUGAGACUCAGCUGAAAAUCAAGGAGACAAAGUGUCCAUCAGAUGAAACAGAAACCUCAAAGGUUCUCUGUGAAACGCAGGCGGGAGAAGAAAAGCCAGAAAUUCAAAAAGAGCCAGAAAAGGCUGAAUUAGAAGGAGAGCUAUCCUCCAUUAAAUUGGAAGAGGCAGAAGGUCAGUCCAGCCAAACUGUUUCUGUAGAUGUUCCAACUGAGGAGCCAUCCGAGAGGAAGGAGAUGCACAAAGAAGCACAGGAGGCUGAGAAAGUGCCGAGUGUCAGUUCAGAGUCUCAGCCAGGGGACUCUGCCACUAAGGCUCCACCAAACUCUGAGGCACCAGAGGCACCUUUGCCCACGGAGGCAACGCCAAUGCAGGUAGAGCCGUCGGCAAUAGGAACGCCCUCUCAGGAUGAAGAAGAAGGUUUGUCCGAUGUGGAGAGCGAGAGGAGCCAGGAGCCCCAACUCAGUGUUCUGGACAUAAGUGGCAUGGCUGCCAGGCUUCUGGAAAGUUGGAAGGAUCUGAAGGAGGUGUACAGGAUACCAAAGAAGAGUCAGGUGGAGAAGGAAGCCAGAGAUCGGAGCCGUGAUCGCGACUUGGCUUUGGCGCCACGCACCACCUCCCGCAGCCGGGAACGUGAGAGAGAGCGGGAGAAGGAAAGGGAGCGAGACAGAGAGCGAGAUUACGAUAGAGACAGGGACCGAGACCGAGAGCGUAGCCGAGACCGGGAUCGGGAUCGACCAUCAGACAAAACCCCCCGCAGCUCUGAGCGGCGCAGGAGACGCUCGCUGUCUCCACCUCCUUUACCGUACGAGAGGAGCAGCAGGCGAAAUGAGGAGCGGUUUGAUUCUUCCAGCAGCAAGACCCAGAGAGGAGCUGGGGUGAAGGAACGCAACAAACUGUCUACGGAGGAGCGCAGAAAGUUGUUUGAACAGGAAGUUGCUCAGCAGGAAGCUCAGAAACAACAGCAGCUUCAGCAGCAGCAGCUCCAGACUUUGGCCUACGAUCCGCUGGCCUAUGCCUCUAGCCCCGGUUUCAUCACCUAUCCCCCUGGAUACCCUAUACAGACUUUUGUGGACCCAACCAAUCCCAAUGCCGGAAAGGUCCUUCUUCCCACCCCUCCUGUUGAUCCGGGCCUCAGCUAUGAACAGACACCUCCUCAAGGCCUGGCCCCAAACCUCAGCCUUCCCUCUCCAUCCUCCACCUCCCAGGCCCCUCCAGUCUCUGACGUCUCCCAGCACAUCACCACCACCAACCUCACCACUGUUAACCCCCAGCAGUACACGCAGCCAACUGUAGCAACCCAGGAGGCAGGAGUAGCUGUGCUCUCUGUCCCAGCCCAGACGGCCCCUCAGGUACAAGGCCAGCAGAGCUACGCCACCCUCUGGGAUCCCACCACCCAGCAAGCAGUCACGGUACAGACCCAGCCGGCGCAGCAGUACGCUACAGCGCCGGGACCGGCUCAGACUCAGACAGCCAUCUAUUACCAGGGCCAGCCUUGCCAGACCAUCUACAGCAUCCCUACUGCCUACCCUCAGACCAACCCUCCUGUCAUUCAGGCUUACACUGAGCCCACAGCCAGCUACCUGCACAGCCAGCCGGUGUAUCCUGGUCACCAGCAGGGUGUGGUGGUACAGCAGGGAGGAACAGUCACCACCAUCGUCACAUCCCAAACUGUCCAACAGGAGAUGAUUGUACCCAACAAUGUGAUGGACCUGCCUCCUCCCUCUCCCCCGAAACCCAAAACCAUCGUCCUACCUCCCAACUGGAAAGUAGCCCGGGACCCUGAAGGCAAGAUCUACUACUACCACAUCGUCACUAGGCAAACACAGUGGGAUCCUCCCACGUGGGAGGGCAAUGCUGACAACACCAGUGUGGACCAUGAGUCUGAGAUGGACCUCGGAACACCGACUUAUGAUGAAAAUCCUUCCAGGUUUUCCACAAAAACGGCCGAAGCAGACACUUCCAGUGAAUUAGCUAAGAAAAGUAAAGAGACAUUUCGCAAAGAGAUGUCCCAGUUUAUUGUGCAAUGCCUAAAUCCUUACCGGAAACCAGACUGUAAAUCUGGACGCAUCAGCAACACCGAGGAUUUCAAACACCUGGCUAGAAAGCUAACUCACGGAGUCAUGAAUAAGGAGUUGAAAGCUUGCAAGAACCCGGAGGACCUCGAGUGCAAUGAGAAUGUGAAGCACAAGACUAAGGAAUACAUCAAAAAGUACAUGCAGAGGUUCGGCUCUGUGUACAGGCCCAAGGAGGAUACUGACGUGUACUGACCAGAACCAGGCACAGAUGUCCCUGCUGCCUCCGCGCUCACACUGGAGAGGCCUUCCCGUUCACUCCUCCCUGUAUGUUCUGGCCAGUCUGGACAGUGAAGUAGUUUCUUUUCAUUUUGUAUUUAUGUCGAAGCAUUUGCACUGCUGCCCACGAAUCUCUCCAGGCUUUGUGAAACGCACAGAAAGCCCCAUGAUUACAGACUUUCAGGUGGCUCGCCUGAGCGUGACGACACAGAGGGGUGCUACAGAGACAAACGUGUCCAAUGACUGUCUCAUUUUAAGCUUUUUGAUGUUUUUUUUUUUUUUUUUUUUUUAGUUCUUAAAUGUUCCUGAGAUAAUCACCUCUUUUUUUUACUUUUUAAAUACUUUCAGGCCCUUAACAAGGAUUAUUUAAUAAGGAAGUGGACCCUUGUACUGUUCAAAAAUGAAUCAGUGACAGAUCAGUCCAGAUGUUCUCUUCCCAGCCCACUUCCACUGGUGCUGCUUUUAACUGGGCUGCUAAGGGUCCAAGCUCUCGCUGUCCAAAUUCUGCUUACUUUCCCGUAAAAGCCUGCAGCCUCCUUAGUUUUCAGAAUGCAUGAAUAGGCCGAGGUCUAAGCGAUGUACCCACACUGGAGUUAAGUUUUAUUUGCAGUUCCCUGACAGAUCAGCUGAGGACGAGCCGAUUGGACAUGAGGUGAAAGGUCUGUAUUUACCUGAUGAUUUUAUCAAGUUAGAAGCUUAAGCAGGGAUGAAAGUUGUUUGUUUUGCUAUUUAAACCAAGGCGAUGUUUUUAAAUCUCCAUCUUUCUCCAACCUGCUUUGCUUCAUAUUCUUACAGGAAUACUAAAGUGUGUAGCAUUGCAGUUUUAAAAGUUGCUAAAAUGUGUUUUGCUUUGGGUAUUUUUACUAGUUAGUUCUCAUACAAGACCCUUAGCUUGGUCGACUUUGCUCCAUGAUCUCCAUUAAUUUAGCAUAUUUUUACUGUUGACAGUAAAGGUUUGUUCUUUAGCAUUAGCUCACUGCUUUUUCAGCCCAUUAACUUGCAUUAAACAAAGUUCCAACAUAUGUAAAUUGCUUUAUAUGUGAAUAUAUUGAAUAAUAGUUUUGGGAAUGUUUAAUGAGCAAACACUUUGUAAAAGGACUAUCAUUUCUUGAAUAAAGUGUAAAUAUUGUGUUGAAAAAUAAAAAGUACCAAAGCUGUAUGUAGGAGAGAAGGGCCCAGAAAGCCCCCCCAUCCUCACCAGCUCAGUCCUCCUGAUGCAGUUCCCACUUCAGCCUGUCUAACUCAGUUUUCUUUGUUUUUCACUGACCAGGGAGGUAAAUGUGUUUUUUUUUUCUGUAAUUGUUGAUGGUGUGUUUUUUUAUUUUUAUUUUUCUAUGUACAAAGUAAGUUCCACCCUACUCUACUGUAAGUAUUGUGUAAGCACAUUGUCAUAACGAGUGUACAAACAUUUUAAAAGAUAAUAAACUUCUUUUUU